AUGCCCACAACGCUUCUUGAACCAGCGCCCCGCGCGACAGCCCUGCCCGUUGGGAUGCAGGCGGCGCGGGGGCAGCGGAUUCCCCAGCACGUCAUCGAGUUCGGGUUGGCGCAGUGUGAUUAUUCCAACUGGCGCCAGGUGCGCGGGCCCUUCUCGGCGGCGCGCCUGUCGCCCGAGAGGGUCGUCUCGGUCGUCACGGACGGCAGGAUUUGGAAGACGCAUGAGGGCGUCGACAUCGGGGUCUUCGACUUUGCACAGGUGGAUAUUGAUGCGGACGCUGUGGACAUGGGCUACGUGGCAUCCGUCAUCGUCGACGGCCAGUGGUCGCCACGCCGCAAGUACGAGUGCGGCAUGGCCCUCGACGACGAGCGCCUCCUCCGCGGCGAGGCGGGCACGCUCCUCCAUAGGCACUGCUGCUGCAUUGGGUGGCUCGGCGAGCUCCAGCUACCGAGCAAGAUGCGCGACCUGCAGAUGCGAGCCGACCUGCCCGAGGCGAAGGUGCUGCUCGAGAGGGCGCAGCGGCCGUUGUCCACAGGCCUAGCGCCUAGCGAGGCCAGCACGGGUGCCAGAGGUGCAGCCGCUGGAUUGGCCGACAUGAAGACUGCCUGCCGCUGGGGGCUUUCGUGGACAUCAACGGCGGGGGCUCUCAGCACAGCUGGCGGUGCUGCAGUUCGCGGCGCCGCCCACCACCGCCAUCGCGGACAACAACUCGCGCUCGCGGGCCUCACGGACCACGGGAGCGCCAAGACCGCGAGUUUCGGCCACGCGCGGUCGCGCCUGUGGCGCAAGGGGCGGAGGCUGCCGCACGAGUUCGGCGGCUCGUGCGAGGCUGGCCUCACGAUGCGGAAUGUGCCUGCGCGCCAAUCUCGGCGGUCGGUGGUCGAUGGUGGCCGCAUCACGCACCGGAGCUGGCAUAGCAACCAGUUCGCAUACAAGGCGGCGAAGAGUGCCGCUGCCCAUGGCCGUCUGCCACCAGAUGCGCGCCGCAAGCUGUUCAAGGCCAACAAGCCCGUGGAGGGCGCGGCGAUGUGGGUCUCGGCGGUGGACACGGCGCUCGGCGGCAGAGACGUCACGCGCCGCGCCGCCAAGCCGAACCAGCCUGCGCCGGGGGCCGCGGCUGCUGCCGCCGCUGCUGCGCCGCGCCUGCUCUGCGACCUUCGUGGCCCCGAGGGGAAGCGGCGUUGUGCUCGCUGCCGUUGGGCGGAACGCUUGGGCGAGUACCCAAUCUCCAUCGUGCAGGCCGCCCUGGCGCACGACAGCGUGCUGGAGGAGAGCGGCGCCCAAGUGCCAUCGCCUGGUCGAGAUCAAGCCGUUGGCCGAUGCGGCUUGGUCCGCGACCUGCCCAUGAUCGCAUGCCUGGGCUGCGGGGCGACUGGGGCAGCGCGGAGUGGCAGCUUCAAGCAUGCGCGCGGCCCGCCCUCAUUGAAGGGCAAAAGCGCGCUCUCGCGGCUCGGCAAGAGUCUCCGCCCGUGCGUGCCGCAGAAGAUCGUCGAGGAGCUGUUGGAGCUGGGCUAG